ACUAGCUUGGGUCAAUGCAGUGAAAUCUAACUCUGCUUCUCGUUGUAUUAGUCGUAAUGUACGGGGGUACGCAAUGGUACACACCGUCCAAUGGAAGUGGUUACUCGCAGUUUCCUUCUCCACAAUGAAACGACAUGAAGAAAUAGUUGCCUUUAUACGCGUUGCAUUUGGGGGAGAGAAAAUAGGCCUGUCGGAGCAUGUCCGUAGCGACAGGAAACGUUAAGGUUGUAUCUAACUGAGGGGAGAAGAGGAUCGGACCAGAGGAGUUGCCACCUAUCUAAAUCGCGCUGUGGACUUGUGCUACCUUGAAGUAGAUCAGAGGGCGUCCUAACGCAGGAAUACCAUCAUCAUGGGUUUCUACGGCACGUUGAAGCUCAUAUUCUAUAAAAUGAAGAGGAAGUUGGACCAUGGACCAGACGUCAGGCCGUUCUCUUCAGUCAAGAAACACUGCAAAGGUUCCAGCUACCUCAGUCCCUGCAGUCUCGUUCCAUUCCAGACCACGCCCACUACCUUUGGAGACCUGCGAGCAGCCAAUGGGCAUUCAGCUCAGCGGAGACGUGUCACCUCAGGCCCGCCCCCCUCCGGCCUACAGGACUGGCUUCACACCUUCCAG